AACAUAGGAGUUAUGAUGAAACUUGAGCCGAGAUUUGCUUCUGAUAUAAAGCAUGUUUACCAAAAUGUACUGGCCUUAAAAAAUUUUUAGACUUGGCCCGGACUUGUGUCAUGCGGACAAAAAAGUACCCGAUACAAAUACGACGUGAACGUAUUGUGGAAUAUAAAAGGGCUUCUACAUUCGACCGGUUGCAGGUCACAGUAACCGGAUCAAAGUUGAUUAUUAAAGUUGUAAAACAAAGUGCAGCGAACCGAACGCUCUCUCUCAUAUAUCUCUGACACACAGACACACGACCACGGGACCAUCGAACCGGACGGAGUCUAUUUUUUUCUCCAGUUUGCAUAACUUUCGGAUCCAUGAAGUUUUAGCGGAACACGAGGUGACUAAUACGGUAAUAUGUGGUAUUGUUGUGACAUCCUCGGCUGUGUCUGGCACUCACCGUUCAUUCGUUUAUGUUUGCUGGGAUUUUGGAUUGCACCUGUGUUCCUACACCCGCAAUGCUUGGAUUUUAAGCCCCCUUUUAAGCCUCAAGAGGACCUCCAGUUCUGCACAAUGUACGGGACCUUCGGCUGCUGUGAUUCUGUGAAGGACCAAGAGUUAAUGACGAAAUUCUACAAUAUAAUGGACAAUUUUGACUAUUAUGGAUAUGCCAACUGCGCUGGAUACGUGCAGGACCUUCUCUGUCAGGAAUGCUCUCCCUAUGCAGCUCACCUAUUCGAUGCUGAGGACCCCAGUACUCCCACCAGAACCAUCCCUGGCCUCUGCCCAGACUACUGCUCUCAGUUCUGGUCCAAAUGCCGUUCCACUAUCACUUUGCUUUCAGACCAACCGCAGCAUGCCGAAACCGAGCAGGACCAGGUCCGGUUCUGCCAGAACCUGCAGCUGGAGGACCCAGACUACUGUUACCCACACAUCCUCAGGAAUGAGCAACUGACCCAGAACCUGGGCCGGGUCGUGGCCAACCCAGAGGGCUGCCUACAGCUCUGUCUAGAGGAGGUAGCCAACGGGCUGCGGAACCCGCUGGCUAUGGUGCACGCCAACGAUGGCACACACCGCUUUUUUGUAGCGGAACAGGUGGGUUUGGUGUGGACAUACCUGCCUGACCGUUCCAGACUGGAGAAGCCGUUCCUGAACAUCACAGAGACCGUGCUGACGUCACCCUGGGAGGGGGACGAGAGGGGCUUCCUGGGCUUGACCUUUCACCCUAACUAUAAGCACAACGGGAAGCUGUACGUUUACUACUCGGUGGAGGUGGGCUUCGACGAGAGGAUCAGGAUCAGCGAGUUUCGUGUCUCCUCAGGUGACAUGAACGUAGUGGACCACGCUUCCGAGAGGAUCAUUCUAGAGGUUGAUGAGCCGGCCUCCAAUCACAACGGUGGAAUGGUGAUGUUUGCCAAUGACGGGUAUCUGUACAUCUUCACUGGAGACGGCGGCAUGGCCGGAGACCCGUUUGGGAAACACGGAAAUGCUCAGAACAAGUCGGCCUUGUUAGGCAAAGUGCUCCGUAUCGACGUGGAUGACAACGACCGGGGUCCCCUGUACCGGAUCCCUUCCGACAACCCAUUCGUGUACGAGCGCGGCGCACGCCCUGAGGUCUACGCUUACGGAGUGCGCAACAUGUGGAGGUGCUCUGUGGACCGCGGGGAUCCCCUGACUAAGGAGGGGAAGGGCCGGAUCUUCUGCGGGGACGUGGGCCAGAACAAGUUUGAAGAAAUCGACAUCAUAGAGAAGGGACGGAACUACGGCUGGAGGGCCAAAGAGGGCUUCUCCUGUUAUGACAAAAAGCUGUGCGCCAACAGAUCUCUAGAUGACGUUCUCCCGAUUUACGCCUAUCCUCAUAAAAUGGGCAAAUCUGUGACUGGAGGUUAUGUGUACAGAGGCUGUGAAUAUCCCAAUCUGAAUGGCAUGUACAUAUUUGGGGACUUUAUGAGCGGGCGUAUGAUGAGCCUCCUGGAGAAUAAGAACACUGGUCAGUGGGACUACCAUGAGAUCUGUAUGGGCAUUGGUUUGACCUGUGCGUUCCCAGGUCUCAUCAACAACUACUACCAGUACAUAAUUUCCUUUGCCGAGGACGAGGCCGGCGAACUUUAUUUUAUGUCAACUGGGGUGCCCAGUGCCACAUCUCCCACUGGCGUUGUUUACAAACUGGUAGAUCCUUCAAGACGGGCACCGCCGAGACAAUGUCACUAUGACCCCCUCCCUGUCAGAGUGAAGAGCAAGCUCAUCAAGUUCCAACCAAAGGAAACAUUAACAGGAGUUGAACUACCAACCCAAAGUCCUAAGCUCUCCCAGCCACAAGAACCCGUCAGACCUCAUUCCCCGGAGCCUCCAGGAACAGAGUCCAACAAGGACUGGCUUCAGGAGCUCAUGGACAUGUUAAAAGAGCAAGAACCGGCUGCUGUCCCUACCACGCUGCCUCCAACCACCACAACAACAACCAAGCCACCCAAACACACACGCCGGAGGAACCGUACGAGGAAGGGCAAGCACCGGCCGGCGGCGCCACAGAACGGGGCCGUCAGACUAGUGGGGGACGAGCAGGGACGGGGCGAUCGGGGAAGGGUGGAAGUCUUUAUUAACGGAAAAUGGGGUACGGUGUGUGACGACUUGUGGAAUACAAGGAAUGCUGAGGUGGUUUGUCGGCAGAUGGGGUACAGGUUUGCUUUGAAGGCAUCCAAGCGCUCGGAAUUCGGAGAGGGGAAUAGUCUCCGGAUUCUUCUGGACGAUGUGCAGUGUGAGGGGACAGAGGAGAGCCUGCUGGACUGCCAACACGCGGGCAUAGGAAUACAUAACUGUGCCCAUCACGAGGACGCAGGGGUGAUAUGCGGGAACUCGGACUACGGAGAUGCCUAAAAUGAAGAGCCAAUUAAAUGUAUUCCUGGCUGGGUUAAUUGAUUGUAACUAAAACCAAGGACUAUUGCUGUCUAAUGGUUGUUUAAUUGUUGUUGGUGUUGACACUUAUAGGUCUACCUCUUUCAUUAAUGCUGAUUUAAAGUCUUAAAUGUUUCAUAUUUGAACAGAAGAUUUUUGUAAUGUAACAUUGCUUUCGCUGUAGGACAUUUGUAUAUUUCUUUUUUCUUUUUUAUUUGUGCAAUUGUUAUUUACAAAUAAUGUUGAAUGUCAGACCCCAAGAAGACUAGCUGUUGCAAUGGCCAAAUAAAGAAACCUCUAGUAAUUUAAUGAAUGUAUAAGGAAUACCAGGAUAUUUAAAACUUACUCAUCACAAUGAAAUAAAUGCUCCACCCUGA